AUGAACGUUGAUAUCAAGGCCAGCGCCAGAGAGCAUGGCCAGCUCCAGCGAGAGCUCUGGGAGAUCGCCCAAAGUGAAAAGGCGACAGUACUGCCUGAUGCUUCAAGCCUAGCAAAAGCACGAGCGUCUCUCCCUCAAUCACUUGCUGACGACGGGAUCGGAUAUGAGUCUACAAGACGCCAUAUCCUCGACGACCUUGUGCCCGCUUUCAACAUGAGCAGCAUUAGCCCACGCUACUACGGAUUUGUUACUGGCGGCGUCACGCCCGCUGCCCUAUUUGCGGAUGGAAUCGUGUCUGCCUACGAUCAGAAUGUUCAAGUCCAUCUUCCUCAGCACACUGUGGCAACGGACGUCGAGCACACAGCCUUAGGUCUUCUCGUUGAUCUGCUUCGCUUACCUCGCGACUGGCACAAUGGCACUUUCAGUACCGGGGCAACUGCGAGCAACGUCCUAGGGUUGGCGUGUGGAAGGGAAUAUGUCAUACGCGCGGCUAUGCGCAGAAUAGGAAUGACCGAGGUCCAGAGCGUUGGAGAGAUCGGGCUGUUCAAUGCUAUGCACACGGCAGGGCUCUCAGGGCUACAAAUCCUCACAACAAUGCCGCAUUCAUCUCUUCUCAAGGCGGCAGGGGUCUUGGGUAUCGGUCGCUUCAAUGUUGCAUAUGUCGCUAAGGAUGACGAUUACCUUCAAUUCGAUAUGACCAAGCUGGAAUCCAAGCUACGCGACCCAUACAAGGCUACCAUUGUCGCUGUGUCCUGUGGUGAAGUCAACACUGGACACUUCGCCACCGGCGGGCUGGAUGAAAUGCAGCAGCUGCGCCAGCUCUGUGACAAGUAUGGCGCCUGGCUGCAUGUGGAUGGUGCAUUUGGGAUAUUUGGCCGCGUCCUCCCAGACAGCCCUGAAUACGCUGUCGUCAGAAAAGGGUGCGAAGGAAUUGAACUAGCAGACUCCAUAGCGGGAGAUGGCCACAAGAUGCUCAACGUGCCAUACGAUUGUGGCUUCUUUCUUUGCCGGCACAAAGGCGAAGCCAACUAUGUUUUCAAAAACCCCAACGCGGCCUACCUGACUGGCAGUUCUAGCGACGCGGAUAUGAUACCCUCUCCCUUGAACAUUGGCCUGGAGAACUCCCGGCGAUUCCGCGCUUUACCUGUCUACGCUAGUCUUCUGGCAUACGGAAGUAAGGGGUAUCAGGCGAUAGUCGAGGAGCAGGUCCGGUUAGCCAGGAAAAUUGCCGAGUGGCUAUACGAUCACCCCGAGUACAACGUGCUGCCGGAAGCCGGAAGCAAGCAAGAGCUACUUGAGAAGACAUAUAUGGUCGUUUUGCUUAGUGCCAAGGACGAUAAGUUGAACAAUCAGCUUGCGGCGAAGAUUGAUGAGACUCGCAAGAUCUACGUCUCUGGCUCCUCCUGGCAGAAUAGACCGGCUUGUCGAAUCGCCAUUUCGAACUGGAGAGUUCAGGCUGAUAGGGACUUUGCUGUUGUGAAGGAAGUUCUAGAUAGUGUUGCUGAGAACGGGGUUUAA